GUGGCUGCUUCAGGAGGGAGGGAGGGAGAUCCCAUGAUCCGCUCCAGCAGUGAUUUCCCAUCCUCCCGGCUCGCGCUUUGACUCCGCCUCUCCACUGCCCUGCCUGGAGCUCGGAGUCUCGGACAGUGCCCCUCUCCAGAGCAGCGGACGGAGCCCACCACCAUUCGCCGCUGCCGCUGUUUUUCCGUGCUGACCUGCUGAUAUAAUGGCCUCCGAUGGUAUGGAUGAACGAUCCCCGCUGUUGUCAGCACCAAACUCGGGGAAUGGCACGCCCACCGCUCCGCCGUACCUGCAGGACCCCAACCCGAGAGCUGAAUUACCUCCACCCUACACAGCCAUCGCCAGUCCAGAUGCAGGGGGAGUUCCUGUCAUUAACUGUCGAGUGUGCCAGUCUCUUAUAACUCUGGAUGGCAAGCUCCAUCAGCAUGUGGUGAAGUGUACCGUCUGCAAUGAGGCCACGCCUAUAAAAAAUCCACCAACAGGAAAGAAGUAUGUUAGAUGUCCUUGCAACUGCCUGCUAAUCUGUAAAGACACGUCUAGGAGGAUAGGAUGCCCUCGGCCCAACUGCAGACGGAUCAUCAACCUGAGUCCUGUGAUGGUGAUCCCAGAGGAGCAGCCCGCCCAGCCAGCUCUGCCAGUCCAGCCUGAGGGCAUGCGCGUGGUCUGCGGCCACUGCGGCAACACAUUCCUUUGGAUGGAGCUCCGAUUCAAUACACUGGCCAAGUGCCCACAUUGCAAAAAAAUAUCCUCUGUAGGCAGUGCUCUACCCAGAAGGCGCUGCUGUGCCUACAUUACAGUAGGAAUGAUCUGCAUUUUCAUCGGUGUCGGUUUAACGGUUGGCACUCAGGACUUCGCCAGGCGUUACCACGCUACUUACGUGUCCUGGGCCUUCGCGUAUCUCCUGGGUUUCAUCUGUCUGGUACGGGCCUGCUACUGGGGAGCGAUUAAAGUCAGCUAUCCAGAAAACACGUUUGCGUAGACAAAGCGUCUAUCCUUCAAGUCCUUAGUGUUUGAUUUCUCUUGAUUUGAACAGGUUAACUGUUACAAGAACAUCAGAAUCCAGGGGGUUUAGGUACCUGCAAAUGUUUCAGAUUGAGUUAUUGAUUAGCUCUGAUGUACCUGUAACUGAUUUGAUCCCGCAAUAUGAUGACUUGAGAAAUUAAAGUGAAAUCAGUGAUUCAGAAACUAGAAAAAUAAUACAAAUAAUCCAUUCGUGGUACACCUCUUGGAUUUGUCAUGGUGGGUGGAUAUCAAACAUAUUUUACGUACUGCAUUUUGUUACCAACUUGACCAAAAGAGAUGAUCUUUUAUGAACAAUUUGCCCAUUGCACUACAAUUUUAUGCAAUUCCUCUGUUGUGUUGCUGCUAGUUACUACAGUUGUGCUGAGCUGAGAGAUGUUAUGUGUCUGCUGUUAUGUGCCUGCACCCAUGGUGGCACUAUCUGUCAGGUUUAGAUAUAUUUAACUGUUCUUAAUAUCCUGUGCCAACCUUUUUUUGUUGUUCAGUGUCCGUUAGGGGAUCUCCCAACCCAUUUAGGCUGCUCAAACUCACUGUGAGGAAUAAUCAUGCAUUUUCUGUGGCUUUAAAAGAAAAACUGCAUGUAUACAGUCACUGGAGCUCUAAAACAAAACUCUGGGUUCAAUGCAACUUAAGCUCAUUCGACAGUUUUUGCGUCAUGAUACUGAUUGUUUAACACAAAAAUAAAUUUGACAGUACAAACAAACAAAAAAAGCUCUGAAUGAAUGGAAGUGAAUGGGACCAAUUCAUAAACAGUAAAAUACUCUGUUGUUCAAUAGUAUAGCAGCAAGACAUUUAAGCAGCAAGAUUUCAUAUGUGAAAAAAAAUCAGCUUACAAAUUAAUUUUUAUUUAAAAAUACAGUAAGUAAAGUCAUAUUUUACUGUUUAAAAUAACUAUGCUCUGUUUUAAUAUAUUUAAAGAUGUAAUUUAUUCCUU